AUGUUGAGAGAGAAAUAAUAAAAGAAAAUUAACAAAAAUUGUCAAAAUUUUUCUUGAAGCUGAAAAAGAACGUGGUAGAAGUAGAAACAGUCGCUCCGCCGGCCGAGGUGCCGGUCUGCCCGCCCCGCCUUCUCAAUCCUCGCCCUGUCACCAGGUGUUGAAUUCCUACUACCCAUAUUCAGUACACGUUUCAUGGUGAUGGUACCAGUCACAUAUUAUGAAGAUCACCCCUACAAUUCAUUGGCUACAAAAUUAAUAAUCUGUUUCUUUCUGCUGCAUUAAGACCAUUUCCAUGGCUUCCAGAACCCAGAGCAAUGGAUGCAGCUUCUGCUUGGAGCCCCAGUUCAAACAAGAAGAGGAAAUUAAGUCCCCAGGCAUUGAGAAGGAUGAUGAAGCUUCAGUUGAAGCAUCCCCUAAUCGAGACAUGACCACAUAUUCUCAGCAUUACUUUGGCAGUAUCAAAGAUGGUUUCUCCAUCAGCAUCAUUGAGAAUAUGAAAGAGGAGUACGGACUAUUUGUGUGGCCUUCAAGUGUGAUUCUGGCCGAGUACGUUUGGCAACAGAAAUCACGGUUUUCUGGGGCUAAUGUUGUUGAGCUCGGUGCUGGAACUUCAUUGCCUGGACUAAUUGCUGCUAAAGUGGGCGCGGAUGUCACACUGACUGAUGACCUUAGCAAAGCAGAGGUUUUGAGUAACAUGAGACGUGUUUGCAGCAUAAAUGACAUCAAAUGCAAGGUUAUGGGAGUGAGGUGGGGCGUAUUUGAGGAUCCGAUCUUCACUCUGCAUCCUAAAAUCAUUCUUGGAGCUGAUGUGCUCUACGAUGCAAGUGGCUUCGAUGAUCUAUUUUCGACCGUUACAUAUUUGCUCCAGAAAUGCCCAGAUUCGGUUUUCAUCACCACCUAUCACAACAGAAGUGGGCAUCACCUCAUUGAGUUCUUGAUGGAGAAAUGGCGUCUGAAGUGUACAAAGCUGCUCGACGGCUUCUCCUUCCUGCCACCUCACAAGGCGUCGAAGCUGAGUGGAGACAUUCAGUUGGCUGAGAUUGUUUUGGAUGAAAUGUGUCUCCGGUAACCAACAAUUUCCGCUAUGGUUAUAAGAGCCUCUGCCUCUUCUGUUCAUUGGCUGUGGCACGCGGUUGAGGAUCAAACAACUACACUGCCCAGUCACCUAAAGGAGGUGGAAUAUCUGCAUCAGAUCCUCUAUUGCAUCCAUGUAUCUAAGAAUUUUGCAAAUUUGAUUCAUGAAAAUUCAAGAUUUUGCCUGCAUAGAAAACAAGACGUUCCAAAUGAGGGAACACAAUUUUCACAA